UUGACGAAGAUUUCAAAGUCUACACAGUCAACAAAUUUUGGAGAGAAAAUAACAAACAAAAGAAAAAGAACGCUGGCUACCUAAUCCCGACAGAAGGACGAAUCAAACAAUUGCUUCUCUAUAUUUUGGAAUGUUGCGUUGGAUUCAACAACCCCAUUGCCAUUGGCCCCAUAAUUUUCUCUGCAUUAGUCCAAUCUUUCUUUUACAUUUAUCCUAGGAAAGAAAAACAAUAAACUAGACACUCUCACUAGACAAAAACAAGCACAAGAUCACCAAGAUCAAAUUAAAGUCAAAACCAAUAUUUCUCAAGGCCUAAAACUUUGAGGGCUAAUUGGAAAAACACAAACAAAACAAAAAUGGAGGCCUCAUCUUCUGUAGAAACCAAAUUGGCCACAGCAAAGACUGUUCUCUCAGCCGCAGCUUCUGUGGCUGCCACUGCUAUGCUUUUUCGAUCAAUAGCCCAAGAUUUCUUGCCCCAUGAAUUCCAAGGCUUGCUUUUCUCUGGCAUCAGAAGCUUCUUCAAUCGCUUCUCGUCCCAGAUCACCAUGGUUAUCGACGAGUUUGAUGGUCUCGUCAACAACCAAAUCUACGAGGCUGCAGAGAUCUACUUGGGUGGCAAAAUCUCACCCAACACACAAAGACUCAAGGUAUGCAAGUCCGAUGAAGAAAAGGACUUUACAGUCGCCAUGGAACGCAAUGAAGAAGUGAUGGAUAUCUUUAAUGGGGUUAAGCUCAAUUGGGUUUUAGUCUGUCGCCAAGUUGAGUCAAGAAGCUUUCACAACCCUCGUGAUCUCAAUUCCACACUACGCUCUGAGGUCCGAUCUUUCGAGCUUACUUUCCACAAGAAACACAAAGACAUGGUUUUGACUCAUUACUUACCCUACAUUGUACAAGAAGCAAAGUCCAAGAAACAAGAAAUCAAGUCAUUGAAGAUCUUCACUGUUAGCCCUGAUAGCAUGUACGGUAAUCUAGCAGACGUGUGGACCUCUACGAACCUUGAUCACCCAGCAACAUUUGACACGGUUGCCAUGGACUUAGAGAUCAAGAACUUUAUUCUCAAAGAUCUUGAAAGGUUUGUGAAGAGGAAGGAGUACUAUAGGAAGGUUGGGAAGGCUUGGAAGAGGUACUUGUUGUAUGGUCCUCCGGGUACUGGGAAAUCUAGCUUGAUUUCUGCAAUGGCGAAUUACUUGAAUUUUGAUGUCUAUGAUUUGAAGCUUACGGAGAUUCGGGUCAACUCGGAGCUUAGGAGGUUGCUCAUUGCAAUGGCCAACAAGUCCAUUUUGGUGGUGGAGGAUAUUGAUUGUACCAUUGAGUUUCAGGACCGAUCGGCAGAAACAGACUCUUCGUCACGCCACUCCCAACAGAGACAGGUGACAUUGUCUGGCCUGCUCAAUUUCAUUGAUGGGCUUUGGUCGAGUUGUGGCGAUGAGCGGAUUAUCAUUUUUACCACCAACCACAAGGACAAGCUAGACUCGGCAUUGUUGCGCCCAGGACGCAUGGAUGUCCACAUUCACAUGUCCUAUUGCACCCCAUAUGGAUUUACAGUUCUUGCUGCUAAUUAUCUUGGGAUUAAAGAGCAUGCACUGUUUGGAGAGAUUGAGGAGGCUAUUGGAACCACCCAAGUAACCCCAGCUGAAGUAGCAGAGCAACUGAUUAAGCACGACGAGCCUGACAUUGUUCUUAGGGGAUUGAUCGAAUUCCUCAAACUGAAAAGGAUAGAAAAUGAGGAAGCUAAGGCCAAAAAGAACGAAAUAGCAGAUCAAGGAGGAGAUGAAGAAAAGCAAAGUGAUCAAGAACAUGAGUGUGAGACAGUGAAAGAUAAGAAAUUAGAUAGUGACGAAAAAGGUGACAAUUAGAUUACUCUGUUAUCAUCAUUCUAUGAGAACUUAGAAAAAUAGGCCUAAAUUUCUUUUCAAAACAUGGGAAAAAAAAUGUGAGAGCAUGAAGUCUUAUUUGGAAUAUUACAUAAAUGACUUUUUACAAAGUGGCUUUGAAAAGCAAUUGUUUUA